AUGGAGUAUAUGGAUAUGAGAGUGGUGUCUAAAAGAGUUUGUUCUGGCAUCGAUGGAGUAUAUGGAAGACACAAUGCUACUCGGAGCCAUACUAGGUCCUUGCAGAUUCUGCAGGGGCCAAGGAAGAUCAGGAAUGGUCUUAUUGUUGCCUGUUACCAAGGUUAUGUGGAUAUUGUAAUAGCCUUAGCCCAGUGCCCUCAUCUUGAUGUAAACUGGCAGGACAAUGAAGGGAACACGGCUCUGAUCACGGCUGCGCAGGCAGGGCACAUAACCAUUACAAACUAUCUGUUGAACUAUUAUCCUGGGCUUGAUAUUGAGAAGAGGAACGUGUUUGGGUUUACCGCCCUCAUGAAGUCUGCCAUGCAGGGCCGCACCGAUUGUAUCAGGGCCUUGAUGCUGGCAGGGGCAAAUGUUCAUGCGACAGACCCAAGCCGUGGACUGACUUCAUGGGAAUGGGCUUGUUACACGGGAAGGUCAGAAUCUGCCUUCAUCAUGCAAAAGCUGAUGGACAGGCCAUGCCCGGAACAGUUUUGUGAUCAGUAUACGCCAGAAUGGCCAAAGAUGAAGGAACUUCUUGCCAAGGCUGCGGAGCCAAAGAGCUGUUUGCAGAGGAUUACGGAGUGUGUGAGAUCCGCAGUCUCAUUCCGGUCUUUCCGUGGCCCAGAAGAAGACGGGGUCCUUGACCACAUGGUCCGGGUGACGACAAGCCUGGGCAGUCCCUUCAUUGCCCUGUCGUGCCGGACCGUGUGCCCGGGAAGCCCUCCUUCCGUGGGCAAACGCAGGCUGGCCGUGCAGGAGAUCCUCCGGAGGCAGCGAGCCGAGCAGAUCCGCUCUCAGGACAAGGACCACGUCAGCAGCUACGAGCGGCUCUUCCAGAACUCCAAAGUGACGCUGGUCCGCAAGAAGAAGGACCGGCGGGCCAGCCUGCAGCCCGGCAGCCUGGCGGUGCCGCCGGCGAGCGCGGUGGCGCUGCGCAAGGUGGAUGAUCGGCUGGUAUCCCUACAGACGGUGGGAUGGAGCUUUGUGUCGCUGUUUAAGGCUUCACACUUGGUGGCCGGGGAGCUGCUGGCGCAGAGCCCUGGGGCUGCCCCUUGCUGGUGA